AUGGAAUAUUCAUUGAGUUUGUCUAGAGUUCGUGGACAAGGUUAUGACGGUGCUAGUAAUAUGAGGGGGGAGAUAAAUGGUCUCAAGACUUUGAUCAUGAAUGAAACAAAACAAGCCUAUUAUAUUCAUUGUUUUGCUAACCAACUUCAAUUAACCCUUGUUGCUGUUGCUAAGGAUAAUGAUGAUUGUAUUUGGUUGUUUGAUCAACUUGCUAUUUUGUUGAAUAUUAUUGGUGUUUCUUGUAAGCGAAGGGAAAUGAUAAGAGAAAUACAAUCUCAACAUAUUCUACAAGCAUUAGAACUAGGAGAAAUUGAAAGUGGGCAAGGUUUAAACCAAGAACAUGGCUUAGGUAGGCCUGGUGAUACUAGGUGGGGAUCACAUUACAAAACUGUUUCAAAUGUUACCGCAUUGUAUGCUACUAUUGUUAAAGUUCUUGAGAAGAUUGGAUCAAAUAAGAUUUAUAAGGAAGAUCGCGUGAAGGCUAUCACUGUCAUGUCUACAUUUGAAUCAUUUGAAUUUGUAUUUGUGAUACAUUUGAUGUCCGAAAUAUUGACUAAGGAGGGAUUACAACAAAUGAGGGACCAUGGGUGGGAAGACUUUUUACAUCUUGUGGUUUGUUUUUGUGUUAAACAUGAUGUAGAAGUUCCUACUAUGGAUGAUAUGUAUGUUCCUCGUGGAAGGUCAAGACGCUUCUUUGCCAAAGUUUCAAAUCUUCAUCGAUUUCGGGUAGAAAUGUUUAUAAGUGCCAUUGAUUUACAACUCCAAGAGCUCAAUAGUAGAUUUGAUGAAGAAAAUAUGGAGUUACUUAUUUGUGUGUCAUGCUUAAACCCGAUCAAUUCAUUUGCGGCAUUUGAUAUGCAAAAGUUGUUGAGACUUGCUGAGUUAUAUCCCAAAGAGUUUCCAACUAAUGAUAUGACGAUGACUGCACUUCGUCAUGAGCUUCAAUUUUAUAUUAAUGAUGUGCGCCAAGAUGCAAGAUUUGGAGACUUGAAGGGUAUUCAUGAGCUUUCUAUGAUGCUUGUUGAAACAAAUAAGCAUACUACUUACAACUUAGUUUACUUGCUUAUAAGACUAGCAUUGAUCCUUCCGGUUGCAACUGCAAGCGUGGAACGAGUGUUUUCCUCAAUGACAUACGUAAAAAAUAAGUUGCGAAAUAGUAUGGGUGAUCAACUAUUGAAUGAUAAUUUAGUCACUUUUCUUGAAAGAGAUUUAUUUUCAAGAGUUAGUGAUGAUGAUGUAUUGGAACGCUUCCAAAGUAUGAAGACUCGAAGAAUGCUUCUGUAG